AUGGCUGCUGCGAAUCCAGCCAAAACGCUCCAGGAGGAAGCUACUUGUUCCAUCUGCCUGGAUUAUUUUAAAGACCCGGUGAUGAUUAUAGACUGUGGGCACAAUUUCUGCCGAGCCUGCAUCACCCAGUGCUUGUGGGGAUGGGAGACAAACCUCUCCUGCCCUUGCUGCAGGGGCAGCUUUCUCCGGAGAAACCUCAAGCCAAACAGGCAGCUGGCCAACGUGGCAGAGGUGGCCAAACAGCUCAGCCUGCGGCUGUUCAAAGAGCCUCUAGGGGAGAGGGUGUGUGAGAAACACCUGGAGACUCUGAAACUCUUCUGCGAGGAGGAUCAAACUCCCAUCUGCGUGGUGUGUGACAGAUCCAAGGAGCACCGAGCUCACACGGUGGUUCCCAUCGAGGAGGCUGCCCAGGAGUACAAGGUGCAAAUUCAGAGCCACCUGGAGAUUUUGAAGAAAGAGAGAGCUGAGAUACUCGAGUGUCAAUCGAGUGGGGAAGUGAAAAGCCAGGAACUUCUGAAAGAAGUGGAAGCCGAGAGGCAGAAGGUUGUGUCUGAAUUUCAGCAGUUGCGCCUGUUUCUGGAGGAACAAGAGAAACAUCGGCUGGGCCGGCUGGGCGAGCUGGACAAGGAGAUUGUGAAGAUGAGGGAUGAAAAUGCCACCAAAUACUCUAAGGCACUCACUUGCCUCAGCGAUAUGGUCUGCGAGAUGGAGGGGAAAUGCCAGCAGCCAGCGAGUGAAUUCUUGCAGGUCAUCAGAAGCACCUUGAGCAGAUGUAAGACGGGGAAGGGGAAGUUUCAAAAUCCAACUGCGGAAUCUCCUGACUGGAGAAGAAGAAUCAAAGAACUCUCUCAAGAAACCGUAUCGCUACAGGAUGCUGUGAAGAAAUUCAAAGAGUCUCUGCCAUCUGAAACUGUGUUGAAAUCAGCAAAUGUGAGUUUUGAUCCAGCCACGGCUCAUCCCCGCUUCGUUGUGUCCAAGAGACGGAAAAGCGUGAGAUGGGGAGACACGCGGCAGGAUCUGCCCUACAGUCCUAAGAGAUUUGAUCCUUCUCGCUGCGUGCUGGGCUGUGAGGGAUUCACCUCGGGGAAACAUUGCUGGAUGGUGGAAGUGGGGGAUGGGGGAAACUGGGCUGUGGGGGUGUCCAGAGAGUCUGUGAGGAGGAAGGGAGAGAUCAGCUUGGACCCUGAGGGGGGCAUCUGGGCCAUGGGGCUCUGCAGAGGUCAGUACCGGGUUCUAACGUCCCCUGUGACUCUUCUGACCCUGAGCGGGAGCCCCACGCGGAUUCUGGUUUGUCUGGAGUAUGAAGAGGGGUUGGUGUCAUUUAUAGAUAUUGAUAGCAUGGCCAGGAUAUUUUCAUUCCCAUCAGCUUCUUUUACAGGGGAGAAAAUCUUCCCUUUUUUCCGGGUUGGGGAUAUGCAAACGCACCUCAGGCUACUCCCCUGCAUCACAGGUUAA